AAACCGCGCAAAUGCAAGUUCGUUCAGUCGAUAAAAAGUUGAUUCAUAUUCCGUAGAAACUUGUGUUCAACUUCUACUGUUAGCAUAAGUAUUUCCUUAGUGAGUAAUCUGUAAGUACUUUGAUCAGCAGUCUAUAAAACCUUGAUGCUUUGUCUUUGACUCUGGUGAGCUCUCGAGACUUAACUCACCUAAUUUUUUUAUAAAAAUUAAAAAUAAAAAGAAGCCCAAUAGAACAAGUCUAUCAUUGUUAUUUUCAUCACCACUUGGCACAUUCUAGUUAUAGCCGGCCCCUAUAGUUUCAAUCUUUUCAUUCAAGCUUUACCUUAAAAUAAAAUCACUUCUUCACCAAACCCCUUCACCAAUUCACAUCACAAUUCCUUUCAUCACUUUUCUCUUCUCCUUCACUUCUUUUCCUUACGCUUCUACUUCCAACCUUACCACCACCAACAACAAAAAUCUUCCUUAAACCUUAAACCAUCAUAAACCAAAAGUGUUGUGAAACAUCAAUCAACAACAACAGAUCCAAAAGUGUUACUAAACAUAAAAAAAAAAGAAGAGAAAAACCAAUACAAAGCCAAAACCAAAACCAAAAAAUGGAUAGACUCAUAAGAUUAGAACCAUCAAACAUAGUACUAAUAAGAGUUGAACAAGGACAAAAAUGUCAAGGAAAAAUAACCUUAAACAAUGUCAUGUAUACUAUGCCAGUUGCAUUUAGGAUUCAACCAUUAAUCAAAACAAGAUACACAAUUAAACCUCAAUCAGGAAUAAUUUCACCAUUAGCAUCACUAAUCAUAGAGAUAACAUAUCAUCCUCCACAACAACAAGGUUCAAAUUCAAAUUCAAAUAAUAAUCUCCCUCACUCUUUUCCAUUUUCAGAUGAUUCAUUCCUUCUACAUAGUGUUCUUGCUCCAGGAGCAGCUAUCAAAGAACCUUCAUCCAUGUUUGAUUCUGUUCCAAGUGAUUGGUUCACUACCAAAAGAAAACAAGUUUUCAUUGAUAGUGCAAUCAAAAUCAUGUUUGUUGGUUCACAAAUUUUGACUCAACUUGUUGAAGAUGGUAACUCAAUGGAUGAUAUAAGAGAUGUUCUUGAAAAAAGUGAUCCUUUAUGGGAAUCAGUUAACUCUAAAGAUUCAAAAGGUCAAACUUUGCUUCAUUUGGCUAUUUCGAAAAAUAGACCUGAUCUUGUUCAAUUGAUCCUUGAAUUCAAGCCUGAUAUUGAAGCUACAAAUAGUGUUGGAUCAACUCCUCUUGAGGCUGCAUCUUCCUCGGGCAACUCAUUAAUCGUUGAGCUUCUUUUAGCUCAUAAGGCCAACACAGAAGGAUCAGAAUCUUCGAUCUUUCGACCGAUUCAUCAUGCCUCGAGAGAAGGACAUAUGGAGAUUCUAAGGCUUCUUUUACUCAAAGGUGCAAAAGUUGACUCUUUAACAAAAGAUGGUAACACUUCUUUGCAUUUAGCUGUUGAAGAAAAAAGAAGAGAUUGUGCUAGGCUUUUGUUAGCGAACGGUGCGAGAACCGAUGUUCGAAAUACAAGAGAAGGUGAUACACCUUUACACAUAGCAGCAGCCAAUGGAGAUGAGAACAUGGUAAAGUUAUUACUUCAUAAAGGAGCUACAAAAUAUGUGAGAAACAAAUUAGGAAAAACAGCGUUCGAUGUUGCGGCUGAGAACGGCCACUCGCGCCUGUUUGAUGCGCUUCGUUUAGGGGACAAUCUAUGCACGGCUGCGCGAAAAGGUGAGGUAAGGACAAUCCAAAAGGUUUUGGAAAGUGGUGGAGUGAUCAAUGGAAGGGAUCAAAAUGGAUGGACAUCACUUCAUAGGGCUUCAUUCAAAGGAAGAAUGGAUGCUGUUAGGUUUCUUGUGGAGAAAGGUAUUGAUUUGGAUGCAAAAGAUGAAGAUGGUUAUACAGCUUUGCAUUGUGCAGCUGAAUCAGGACAUGCUGAUGUGACUGAGUUUUUGGUUAAGAAAGGUGCUGAUGUUGAAGCAAGGACUAAUAAAGGUGUGAGUGCUUUGCAAAUUGUUGAGUCAUUGAACUAUGUAGGGAUUACAAGGAUACUUGUUAAUGGUGGUGCUAGUAGGGAAGGUUUGGGUGAAAAAUUUCCAUCUGCACCUUCUAAGAUUCCAUUUGGGAGUAAAGUUGAAGGUGGGAGUGUGAUGACAAUGAAGAAGAAGAUGAGUAGUAGAACUCGAGCGCUAAGAGGUAGUUUCGACCGUUCGAUGCCUUUGGCAGUGCUCUAGCAAUCAAGUUAGCCUACAAUUUUAAAUUGCAGUUAUAGUCGCGAUUAAGAUUAUGUCGUGAUUAUUGGUAUUAUAGAAAAUUACAGAUAAAUCCAGUUGAUGUGGUCGUUCAAUGACUUUGGCUAUGCUCUAGCAAUAGAGUUAACCGAAGAUUUUAAAUUGCAGUUGCAGUCGCGAUCUUUGAUGUUAAAGAGAAUUGCAGAUAAAUGCAGUUUAUGCGGUUGCAAUUGAAGCUGUAUGACACAAAUUAAAAAAAUGGAGUUGCAAGUAUGAUUUGGAUUAUUUGAUUGAGAAGAAAAAAUUGAGAUGGUUUUAUUUUGGGGUUUGGUUGUAAUUUUAAUAAUUCGUUGAUGGAAUUGUAGAUUUGAAAAAUGCGAAGAAUAUUAUUUCUAAUGUUAUUGUUA